AUGGUGGACUCCCCUACCAUGAGGAAGACUUCUGUGGUCCCAGACAUAAAGCCAUUGGAUUUGUAUGACUGUACUAAAGCAAAAAUAUGCGCAAGUGUCGGGUGGCUACUGGCGAAGUCCUACGGCUGUGCAGAGAAUGUCCCCGCAGAGCUGCGUGACCCCUUCUACUCUGACCAGUAUGAGCAGGAGCAUCUUAAACCGCCAGUCACGCGCCUUCUCCAGUCCUCAGAACUCUACUGCCGGACCUACAGCCUAUUACUGGGGGGCACCGGAGCCGAGGCACAGCCCAAAGACAACAUUGCCCUGCUGGAAAUCCUCAGUCAGAAAGGAAUAGUCUCCAAAGAUGAAGACACACUAGCGACUGACGCAGACCUCCGGCAUAAACCCAUCAAAAUGAGUGCUCACCUGGCAAUGAUAGAUGCCCUGAUGGCUGUGGGAGCCAUGGAGACGGUGACUGCGGUGAAGAAAUGUGGUUCUGCUGAGCUGCUGGGUGGAGAAACCAGCUGGGAGGAUGCUCUGCUUCAUUGGGUUAACGGGCUAAACCAGAAGCUGAGAGAACUUACUGAAGGAUCCCAAAAUGACUCAUCUCAAACUGUUACAGAGCCCCAGCCUUUUCAACCCUCUCUUCGCUACAGGAAGGAUAAAAUUCAGUCCAAACAAAAGCCCAUCUUUCCAGUGGUGAAUAAAGUCAAAGACUUGUCGAGUGGUUGUGCUGUUGCUGCUGUCAUGCAUUACUAUUGCCCUGGCCUGCUAAGACUUGAAGAUGUUUGUAUGAAGGAUUCCAUGUCUGUAGCAGACAGCCUGUACAACCUGCACUUCAUCCGCGAAUUCUGUGACAGCUGUCUUAAGUGCUGCUGUCACUUGACACUGGAGGACAUGCUUUACACACCACCGGAGCUUCAGCUCAACCUGCUGAGCUUCCUAGCAGAACUGCUUAGUUGGUUUGAAAUACAAAAGCCAGAAUUUGUUCAGCCAGUAUACACGUUGGACGGAUACACACCAGAAACACAAAGUAGCUUGAGUGGCAGCAGUACCUCCCCUUCAAUCUUCAAGAAGCCUUUCCUCCCCAUCUCCUCAUCUGUGUCAGGAUCUUUGACUCAGUCUACCUCAAUGUCUCAUAUAGAAGGAGUUGGAAAGACAUGGAGCAAGAAACCCCUCAGUCGCCCCUUGUCAGCAGUAUCCUUCAGCAUUCCUUUUGGCCUAGACAGUGAUGUGGAUAUUGUGAUGGGCAAUCCUGUGAUAACCCGCUCUGUGAGCUCAGACCAACUCAACCCAGCGGGCCAAAACAUUACCCGGGUGCCCUACACCCCUCCUGAAGACCUCAGCCAUUUGCUUAGCAAAACACCUGGCCCCAAUGGCCCACAGAGAGCUUCCUGGGCCACCCAGACUCCCAGUAUUCCGAGGUUGGCAGAGGAGAAUGGCCUUGCAGGGAGUGAAACUGGAGAGCUGCCUACCAUCGAAGAGGCUCUCCAGAUUAUUCACAACGAGAGCAAGAUGGAGCCUCGUUUACACCCUGAUGGGGCUCCUGAUGGCUUCUACCUCCAUUCUCCUGAUGACCCUGCUAAUUCUAGACAUAACAGCAACUUAGCAACCAUCAGCUGCUCUGCCCCUACCCGCUCAGGAAUGAUGUACCGGCCCACAGGAGAGUCCAGGGAGCUCACUCGCACCAGGAACACUUCUGAAUGUUCGCGAGAUGAUGACUCAGUCUUGAGAGAUGGCAGUGUGGACUCAGAUGCAUCAGAAGACAUGCCUAAGGCCCAGUCCACUCCAACCACACCGGCUGCUGGUGCAUACUCUGCUAGGGGCCAUGGCAAAGAGGUGUCUGACAGCGGUGUGAAGAUGACGAGCUUUGCAGAACGCAAAAAGAAGCAGAUUAUAGAUUCUCCCAAAGCCAGCGACUCCUCUUCUCCUCAGAUGACCACGUGGGCAAAAAGGUCUGAAGAAAGCCCCAGCAAAAGCCCAAAACUCAGUAAUGAGAUGUCUGAGCUGGGAGCUCGGCUUGAAGAGAAGCGUAAAGCUAUCGAAGCCCAGAAGAAACGCAUAGAGGCCAUUUUCGCAAAGCACCGGCAAAGACUGGGGAAGAGUGCUUUUCUCCAGUUAAAGAAGGAGCAUCGUGAGGACGAAGGCAAGGGGGAAGGAGGGGAUGGCCAGGUCAGCACCUCAUCCACAGAAGAAGACCUCUCUCGCUUGACACUGGAAGAAAGGCUAGCUCGCAUGGAGGAGGAAGAGCAGCAGGAACAAGAUGAACAGCGCCCCUUAGUGGAGGAUCAGGGUAAUGUCAAAGGGGGACUUGUGCUCAACAAACAGUUCAGUAACUCCAAAGAAAAAGCAAGUACACCAGAAGAGAAGGGCCCUGGGACACCUGGGGUAACUCCACUAGGGGACUAUAACAAUGCUGUAUCGAAGCUGACUGCAGCUCUUACCUCCCUGCAAAGUGACAUGCAGCGGCUGACUGAGCAGCAGAACCAGCUAAUCAAGAAGAAAACCCCAACUUCCAACAACAAAUCCUGGGUAAUUCCAGCCAGCCCUAAAACCUCCACCCCAGCCCAUACCCCUGCACGCAUGUCUCGAGAAUCCACCCGAGAUUUAAAUUCGGCCUCCUCCUCUCCGUCUCCAUCACGCAAAUUCACAAACCACACGCCUCCUCCUAAAUCUCCUCAAGUCCAUCGUAGAGCCCAAUCUGUGCCCCCUAAAAGCCCCAAACACCACCAACACAGUCGUCCUUUGGACAUUAAAGUCCCAACCCUUUCAAGAGUUCUCACCCCACCUCAAAACGUGGACCGCAUCCCCCACCUACGUCGUGUAAAUCCCCUGCAAUCCCAAGUCCAGACUUCCUCCUCAUUCUCCAUUGGUGACUCUGGCAGCCUAGAUGAGCUGCGCUCAUCUGGACCAACUCCUGUUCCCACGCCAACACUGACCCCUAUACCAACUCCUACUCCGACUCCCCGUCCUGCCGCGGAUGACGCCCUGUCAGAGGUAGGCUCCAAUGACGAUCAUAGUAUAUUUAGCUUGGACCUGGAGACAGGGUCCUUGCAUGGUCAUGCGGCUAAGAAGGAUGGACUUGCAAGUGGGGGCUGCAGCUCUGGUGCCCCAUCAGAGUGCUCCUUUGAGAGUGACGCCCCUGCAGGCCUGAUGAAUGGUAAACGCAGUAGCCUGAUUGAGAUCUCGCUGUCUGCUCUGCGAGAUGGGGAACAGGAUGACCAAGUACCUGACGCCUUGUCUGACUCGAUGAGUGACCGGACAGAACCUGAGACCAAAGGAGGGGUUGGUUUCUUUUUCAAAGAUGACAAGGAGCGACCGGAGGAUGAGAUGGCCCAGCGAAGAGCAGCUUUGCUGGAGAAACAGCAGAAGAGAGCAGAAGAGAUGAAAAGACGCAAACUUGAGCAGGAAAAAGAAAGAGAAUCCAACAAGCCUCAGUGGAUGAUCAUCGAGGGCUGGGGGAAUAAAAGUGAGGACAGACCCCAAACCCCAGGCACCCCUCCAGCAUCAUGCACCCCACCAGUAGAGGGGACUCCCCAGCGAAGAGGAGACUUCACUAGGCAGGAGUAUGAAAGGAGACAGCAGCUGAAGAUCAUGGAAGACUUAGACAAGGUGCUGAGGCAGAAACCCACUACGGUUCGCGGUGUCAAGAAGCAGAGACCUAAGACUGUGUUCAGAGAUGACUCCGUCCUCUCUCAUAGCCCUGUCAAGGGUUUCAUGGGCACCAAACUGAACAAAGUGUACUCCCACUCAACCAUGAACCUGUCCUACAUGACUAAUGACUCUGGAGGCCUGUCUGUUAGGAAGUCUCCCAGCCGUUCACACUCUCCUUCCCGGCUAAUGUCACCGGGACGAACAAGUGCUCAUAAUGGAGAGAAGGACUGGGAGACUGGCUCCACCAUUUCCUCCCCUGCCUCUAUCCCAGAAUACACAGGGCCAAAGCUGUACAAGGAGCCUAGCUUUAAGUCCAACAAGUUCAUCAUCCAUAAUGCUAUCACUCGCUGCUGCCUGGCCGGCAAGGUCAAUGAACCACAGAAAAACAAGAUUGUAGAGGAAAUGGAGAAGAGCACGGCCAACCACUUCCUCAUCCUCUUUAGAGAUUCCAGCUGCCAAUUCAGAGCAAUUUACACCAUGAACCCUGAAACAGAAGAGAUGGUACGGCUCACUGGCAUCGGCCCCCGCACCAUCACAAGUGAGAUGGUAGAGUCCAUUUACAAGUACAGCUCUGACCGCAAGCAGUUCACGGUCAUCCCGUCCAAAACCAUGUCCAUGAGUGUUGACGCUUUCACCAUCCCCGGUCACUUUUGGCAAAAGCGCCCAGGAACUCCAAAAAAGCUUGGCACCCCAAAAUAAAGACAUACACAAGAUGGGUAGAUAUGUUACCAUUCAGGGAACCAACUCCCAGCUUGACUCCUAUUGUCCUUGUAUUUUGGCCAGUGAGGCACUUGAGAUUGUUCAUUACCCACUUAGACUAGCAGUGGGCAGCACGGCUGAGCUAUCAACCUGGACCCCAAGAACAAUCCAGUCAACUCUACAUGCCAAGAGAAAGGGUCAAUCACAUGCUCAUUAAACCGAUGUAGUUACAAUAGGCUCAAGAGCUUCUGAUGGGCCCUAGAUUGUAAAAUGUAAUGCGAAUGAUUCUGUCGGGAUGAAAAAUUCUCUUUCCCUCGCACCCUGCCUCCCCAUGCCUUGCCUUACCCUGCCCCCGGAGUCACUUUUGAGCCUCCUAGGCGAGAAAAAGAGGAGACAACCAUACUGCCUUUGCCCGCACAACAGUAUUUUUGGCCAGAGUAGUUCCUGCCCCCCUCAAUUCUGCUUGCAUUUCCUUUUGCUGCCUUUUCUUCUUCUUCCAGGGCUCACUCUCUCUCCAGUUUGCUGAGACAAGUGGCUCAGCUCUCAGUUGUGAUAGGAGAUCUCAGCUGAAAAUUAACAGCAGGUAACACUGCUCUCAUAUGAAUGUAGGGCACACACUAACCACUCAUUCCAUUCAGGGGUAUCGUUACUGGUUGGUCAGGAACCGAAAAUACCAUAGUGGGUGGUUCCUCUGUGGGCUGCACCGGUGGUGGCUACUGUGGUUGUCAGUGGACUUUCACACCUAGAAACUGCCUGUGCCCCCAUAGUUCGUGCACUCCACUCCAACUCUCCUUCAGCUGUAGACAUCUGGAUGUUUUUUUUUUUUUUUUUUUAUAUACUGUUUUGACAUGUUUUUGCUGGACAAAUCACUUCAGCCUUUGAGAGCUGAAAGAAGAAUGAAAUUCAUGUGACUUUUUUCCUCUUAAAUUGCUUUCUCAUUUUCAACAUGUGAUGAAUUGAAAUGUUAUCUGAGCUUAUCUUGAAAAACAAUACAAACCAUGAAGGAGGGCUUUACCAUGUUUAUCAUUACUUGGAUACAGCUCUGUGUGAAAAUGAUAAUCAAUGCUAAUUUAAUAUAUACUGAAUGCUGAUUACUUUGAUUUUUUUUGACAAUGAUUUGUAAAAAGUAAGUUGACCUUUGUAAGCUAUGAAUAAGCUAGCCUGCUGCUUGAGCAUUCGUGAGAUGUAUGUUUGAGAUGAGAAUGAGUGAAUGAGAAUGAAUAGAAAAUUGUCAAACAGCUGAAAAUUGCUGAAACCUUUUGUCUAGGGAUUAAUAAAUCCUUUAGGUCACUAGGAGUCUGUUUCCUAAUAUAUGAUUCCCUGUUUGUGUGUCUUGGCAUGUAAACAUUAGUUUUCUUUAUGAAGGAUAAUUCCGGACUGUAACAGCCCUCAUCUUCCCCACACAGUCUCUAGAGACUCCUUCAUGUAUAAUUAGGGGAAUUUAAAUGCUAAACUGUUUUUUUUUUUUUUUUUUGCCAGUCCAUGAACACUUGACCCUACAUUUGCUUGUGAUCAGGUCAAUAUUGCCACAAGAUGUGUGGGAAAUUGGCCCUUUUCUCUUCCUUUUCAGUCUUUAGCACUACAGCAGCUGGCAUGGUGCAGCUGUCUUCUUUCAAAUCACUCACUGCCUCCAACAGUUGUGUUGUUUGAAUGAGAUUCCAGUACAGAUGUGAAAAACAUGUUGAGAGCAGCAUUUAGAAAAAUUAAAUAAGAUUAUUGAUUAAAGGUGUGUGUGGAGGAGUGCAUAUGGAAUAAGUGGAUGUUUGUAUUUAUGUGUUUGUAAAGAGUAGUAUGUGUUAGUUUAACACUAUAUUUUGAUUCUGUGCAAUUCUCCCCUAGAAAUCCCCACAUCACCCAGAGGUGUAUUUAUUUGAUUUGCAUUAGAUGUUGCAUUGAUGUUUAGUUGGAGUUUCUACUUAUGUCUUUUUUGGUUAAGGUGGUAAGUCAUUAAUUCAUUUCACAGAAGUUGUCUUAACAUUUGUUUUCUUUCUCUUCCGUUAUCCAAUCUGUGCCAGCACAUUAUGUAUGUUCAUUUCAUAAAUUGACUAUCCUUGGCAACUGGACCAGAGAAAAUAA